AUGUUCGCCGCGCUCGCCAAGCAGUGGCCUUUUUUCACCGGCAUCGGCGUCGUCGGGUGCGCGAUCGUGUACACCACGGCGGGGCUCACCGAGGAACAGAAAAAGGUGUCGACGUCGACGAUGGACGCGCGCGACGGUGCGCGAGCGAUGGAGGACGCGUCCGGGGACGAUCGCGCGGCGAGGUAG